AGUAGCAAUUAGCAAACAGAUUAUCAUCAGCACAAGGUGGUCUGUGGCUUAAGGAACAAUUUGCAGCAAAACAUACAGCCAAGAAACGAAUGAUUACAGAAAGCUAUACGAGAAAACGACCACUCAACAAAAGCCUUCUCUGGUUCAGAGAAACUACGAAAGCAAAAGAGAAUAUAAGGAGAGACAGCAGUUCCUAUUUCCUUUUCAAGCACAUCCAGUUACCCCCACCAAUCACUUCUCGUUUGAAAUUAAGCAACAUGUGGGCUACCUUUUUUCUCUUUCGAUCAUUUUCUUAUCCUUCAAGUGAUCGAGAAGUUAAAGGUGUGGCAAUGGCGAAAACUAAUAAUAAGAUCCGAUUGAAGAAGAAAACGGGAAAGAAAUACCAUAAUGCCUUUUGGUCUAGUUACAGCAUGGAACAAACGCAGGAGAAGCAUGUCCGAGGGUCAGAUCAAUCCUUGGGUAUAUAAACCUGCAGAAGAUUGGCAAAUUGAAGACCUGAAUCCCCCUGCAAAAAGGCACCACCGAUCAUCAGUUUAUACAUUCAAAGAAAUGGAGGAGGCAACAAAUUCUUUCAGCGAUGAAAAUCUGCUUGGUAAAGGAGGAUUUGGUCGAGUUUACAAGGGAACACUCCGAUCUGGAGAAAUUGUAGCAAUCAAGAAGAUGGAUCUACGACGCCCAUUCAAAGAAGUGGAAGGGGAGAGAGAGUUUCGCGUGGAAGUAGAUAUCUUAAGUAGACUGGACCACCCGAAUCUGGUUUCUUUAAUAGGCUAUUGUGCAGAUGGGAAACAUAGAUUUCUCGUGUAUGAAUACAUGCAAAACGGAAACCUUCAAGACCACUUAAAUGGAAUAGGAGAAGGGAAGAAGAUGGACUGGCCUUCGAGACUAAAGGUGGCUCUCGGGGCAGCAAGAGGACUCGCAUAUCUCCAUUCGAAUUCUGCUGUUGGGAUGCCGAUUCUUCACAGGGACUUCAAAUCUACCAACAUACUUCUAAACACCAACUAUGAAGCUAAGAUAUCCGAUUUUGGGCUAGCUAAGAUGAUGCCAGAAGGGCAGGAAAUUUGUGUGACAGCAAGAGUUUUUGGCACUUUCGGCUACUUUGAUCCCGAGUAUACAUUGACAGGAAAACUCACUUUACAAAGUGAUGUUUAUGCUUUUGGUGUUGUUCUACUUGAGCUAUUGACGGGACGAAGGGCAGUAGACCUCAAUCUUGGUCCAAACGAUCAGAAUUUGGUACUACAGGUGAGGCACAUUUUGAAUGACAAGAAGAAACUACGUAAAGUGAUUGACCCCGAGAUGAGCAAGAGUUCAUACACAAUGGAGUCUGUCACCGUGUUUGCAAACCUAGCAUCACGAUGUACCCGAAUCAAUAGUAGUGAAAGGCCAUCAAUGGUAGAAUGUGUAGAAGAACUCCAACAGAUUCUAUAUACAAAUACGAGAGGAAUCAGAUGGACUAUGCAUGGUUUCAGAAUGAUUUGAGGAAUCGUAACAUCAAAAUUUAUUUGUU